CGUCAGCUGUCAGUGUCUCAGUGAUGAUGCUGUUGUUAAAAAAUGGCUGUCGUCGUCUAACCUCUCACAUUUAAAAUUUAUUCUGUUCUAGAUCUAAUACAUUAUUGGAUAUCUAUAAAAAACGUUUUCCAAUACUUUUACUUAUAUGCAACAAUGUUGGCAGAAAGUACUAUGUAAACGAGCUUUUCCUUUCAAAAUAAUGAGACUGAUGAAAGAAUCAAUAUAAGAAGACUAGGAUGGUAAAAGGACAAUAUCUUCUUUAUGAAACCAAGUGCAAGUAUUAGAUAGUUAUUAAGAUUUCAAAGUAUGCUACACCUUUUUUUUCAUUUGAAUUAACUCUAUAUGGUCACACCAAAAAAUAAAAUGGCGUUUAUGACGGGUGGUGGGAACGAUAUACCACAAAAAUUUCUAGAAAUACUGCAGAAUGAUUUGAAAAAUCUGUCCAUAGAAACCAAAAAAAAAUUUCCACAGAUCAAAGAAUCGUGCGAGGAAGGAAUAAUCAAGUUGAGAAACACUUCAGCCAACUCACAAAAUCAAAUUUACUAUCUCGUCAACCAGAUAUUGUACCCUGUUGUUCAAGGAUGCGAAACCAAAGAUCAGAGGAUCGUGAAAAUGUGUCUGGGAAUAAUUCAGCGCCUGAUUACCAAUCAGGCAGUGGACCAGAAAGGAGCUCGCUACAUCACAGACACACUUUGGAUGCUGAUGGAGUCUGGUAUUGAAGAGGUUAAAGUUUUACAAAGUGUCACUUUGCUUCUGACCACCAACACUGUUGUUCACGGUGAUAUCCUCGCUAGAAACCUAGUUCUAUGUUUCCGUUUGCAUUUCACAAAAGACUCAACAACAAUCAACACUGCCGGUGCCACAAUUCGUCAGCUGGUAUCACUAGUUUUCGAGCGUGUUAUCACCGAAGAUGAAAUGUUCAAAGUGAAAGAUGCACCUCAGAGACUGGAAGUCAAUCUUGAAGAUUUGAAAAUUCCUAGUAAUAUACCUCCGAAAAGUCUAGGUGCAUGUGCUGGCGAUGCUUACCUCAUGUUCCAGGAUUUAGUUCAGCUUGUCAAUGCUGAUCAGCCGUAUUGGUUAAUGGGGAUGACUGAAAUGACCAGAACUUUCGGUCUUGAACUACUUGAAUCCGUUCUGACCAACUUCAUCUAUGUAUUUUUCCAGCACCCUGAAUUCAGUUUCCUAUUGAAAGAAAGAGUUUGUGCUCUAGUGAUUAAACUAUUCUCUCCUAAUGUGAAAUACCGAAAUUCUCUGCCUGCAAGCAUCCAACAAGCCACAUCUCUAGACAAACCGUGUUUCCCAAUCAGUGUGAGACUGUUGAGAGUAGUUUCGAUUCUUGUACAAAAGUACCACAGUCUCCUUGUGACCGAAUGUGAAAUAUUCUUAUCGUUGAUUGUCAAGUUUCUGGAUCCAGAUAAACCUGUAUGGCAGCGCUCUCUAGCGUUAGAAGUACUACACAAACUCAGCAUCCAACCUGAACUACUCAUCUCUUUUUGUGAGUGCUACGAUCUGAAAACUCAUACAACGAAUGUUUUCCAGGAUAUUGUGAACUCGUUAGGAGCCUAUGUGCAGUCUUUGUUUGUGAAUCCUCAGAUGAUUGGACAGUCUAAUAUGGGUGGAAGUGUGAACGAACAAGGACAACUGCCUAGUUCUCUGACUGGUCCUGGCAUGUCUCCACAAUCUGGAUUUUUUACACGAGACGUGUGGCUGCCUGUAAUAACGUUCCCUAGCGGACAAGCUAAAUCUGCUUACCUGGAAAUGAAAGACAAAAAUGAGCCACCUGCUAUCCCUGAUGGUUAUGGCAUAUCGAUAGCGUAUGCUUGCCUUCUUGAUAUAAUGAAGAGCAUUUCAAUAGCAGUGCAUGGUGCACGAGAAGGAAGUGCUCGGCUACAUGCUCAACUAAUCAACUCCAGCUGGGCUGGUCUACUAACUGCCCUCAGCCCUCUCCUCGACGCUAGCACCGAUGAUACAUCUGAGAACAUUCUCUGCUCUAUACAGACCUUUGUCAGUAUUUGUGGUAACUUGAAUCUCCAAACACCGAGAGAUGCGUUCAUUACUGCUGUAUGUAAGGCAUCCCUGCCGCCUCAUUACACACUGACUGUACUAGUGAAUGCUGUUCCUCUGGGCGUUGGACAUACAAGGAAUCACUCAGGCAUGUUGAAUCAAGAUGGAAGUGGACAGUAUAAUAUAACUGGUAUUUAUGGCAGUAAUGAGAUAGACAAUAAACAGCAGCAGCAGCAGCAAGUGGUGGCUGUUGGAACGCCGCUGCCGACUGCGUCAAUGCCGAUGGGCGCACAUCAGCAUGCUGGUCCAGUCAUGUUGACAGCCAAGAAUCUUCAAUGUAUGCGCGCGCUGCUGAAUCUGGCCCAGUGUCAUGGAGAGAUAUUGGCCACAUCCUGGCAUCUCGUCCUCACCACUCUCCAACACCUGGUAUGGAUUCUCGGCUUGAAGCCUUCAACGGGAGGUAGCUUGAAAGCUGGACGUGGAGCAGCUGAUGCGAACUCAGUCAUAACUACGUAUGUAAUGGCUGAUCUGCCUGUGCUAUCCAGCAUGCUUAGUGGGCUAUUUGAAUCAAGCAAACAGUUGAGUGAUGUUGCCCUCCAUCAUUUAAUUGAUGCUUUGUGUAAGCUGUCUCAUGAAGCUAUGGAGCUUGCCUACUGCAACCGUGAGCCUUCUCUGUUUGCUGUAGCUAAACUUCUGGAAACCGGUAUUGUGAAUUUGACCAGAGUUGAGGUGUUGUGGAGACCACUAACCAAUCAUCUUCUUGAAGUUUGUCAGCAUCCACAUAUAAGAAUGCGUGAAUGGGGCGUGGAAGCUAUCACGUACCUUGUAAAAGCUGCUCUUGCUCACAAGUAUCAACCACCUUUGAAAGAAAAUCAAAAACUUCAGACAUUGUUAAUCAGUCCCCUAGCUGAAUUAUCAUCAGUGCCUCAUGGCGAUGUCAGACAACGACAGUUGGAAUGUGUUCUACAAGUGCUGCACGGAUCUGGAGAAACACUGUCACACGGCUGGCCUCUUGUUCUUACCAUUAUAGGCGCUAUCUCUGACCAACAGGGAGAAAAACUAAUAAGAAUUGCUUUCCAGUGUUUACAGCUAGUUGUUACAGAUUUCCUGCCUCUAAUGCCGUGGAGAUGUCUGCCAUUGUGUCUUGAAACAACGGCGAAAUUCGGAUCUCAAAUGCAAGAGCUCAAUAUCUCACUAACAGCUAUUGGUCUAAUGUGGAACAUUUCGGAUUACUCUUUUCAAAAUAAGGAAAAACUGAGUCAUUUACUAGCUGAAGAUUCGUCAGUAUUUCCCGACUUCCCUGGAACACCAGACAUGCCUCCGUUUGAUAAGUUGUGGAUGUGCCUUUAUUCAAGACUGGGUGACUUGUGUGUUGAUACUAGACCAGCUGUGCGCAAAUCAGCUGGACAAACUCUUUUUCUCACGAUCAAUGCUCAUGCCAGCCUUCUAUCACAGCCUACAUGGCAGGCGGUGCUUUGGCAAGUUCUGUUUCCACUCCUCGACCGUGUCCGUAGUCUCUCCAGUAACGCUAGCAAUGAGAAAGUCGACUCAGGAGGAACAAUAUCGAUUCACCACUCGCGUAACACGGCCCAAAAACAAUGGGCUGAAACACAGGUUUUGACACUGUCUGGAGUCGCUAGAGUAUUCAAUAAUAAGCGUGAUCUCCUACAAACGCUAGGUGAUUUUCCAAGAGCCUGGUCGUUGCUUUUGGAAUUUGUUGAGAAUGCCGCUCUCAGUAAAAAUAGUGAAGUUUCUCUUGCUGCGCUACGAUCAUUCCAAGAGAUUCUACACUUGAAUGAAGCUGACAAAACAAGUAGCAGUGAGACUGACGACAUGUGGGACAUAGCUUGGCGAGUUUGGCUUCGAAUAGCUAUUGAAAGUCGCUAUGAAAAUACCCCUGAAAGCACGGUUCCAUCUCAAGCAUUCCUCACAGCGUUACUCCAUAUUUUCCCAGCUGUAUUUCAACAUAUUAAAAAUCGAUUCUCCAGUGCAGAUUUGGAAAAACUUUGUGAGGUAUUAGAAAUUUCGAUCAGCACGCCAGUUCAGGGUGAAAUGUCCAUGUUUAUCUUACCAUCAGAAAACUCACUUACACAAUUACAAGAAGUCGUUUUACAUUCUGUCGACAUUCUUGUAAAAGAGGCUAUGGUGAAUGACGCUAACAUGAAGAAAAUGAUUUGUCCUGUAUUCAAAGAGAUUCUUUCUCUGAGUAAAUGUAUUUAUCAGUCUCCUCUUAGUAAAAAAUUUGAAGACAAAUCGAGUGAUUGGGUGAAUGUGAAUUAUGUACUGUUUGGAGAGAAAGCUUUACAGAUGGUUGUUUCUGUGUAUGUGAAAACAGCUCAUGAGAUUCCAGUUAUUGAAGGUUAUGUUUUGAAAGAGAUACUAGAGGUGUUGAUUGUACCAUUGUCAAGACGCUACGACCGACGAUACAUUAACUCUUGGAAUCUGUCUGUUUCAAGCCUGAUGAGAGUUCUAUCCACAGGAAUCCCUCUGGCUCGCACGCAUUACAAGCAGUUCGGCUGUAUGUGGCCUCAACUGGCACUCACUCUCGAUCAAUUACUUUUCCCCAAGGCUGAUCCACCACCCGAAAUGACACCUGAAGAGAUCUUAGAAGACGAGCGUGUCGACUGUCAAAUCAUAGACUUGUUGAAAGAUGAAGUGCUAUCACACUCCAGUAUGGUCCCGAAGGAGUUCAUUUUGAAAGUGGUUGUUCUUCUUAAUAAAGGUUCGAUACUUUCGUCGCAACAGUCAUACAUUGGUUCAGAGGUGAAUUCCAAUUUGAGAGAAGAGCUGGCAAAGAUUUGUUUUGAAACUCUCCUUCAGUUUUCGCUGUUGGAGGGACUGGAAGGUGAUAUGUACGCGAGUAACGGGUACAGCAGUAAUAGUACAAGUAGCUCCUCGUUGAGUUUGAAAGCGGCAAGUCCCAGUGAGAGUCCGAGUGAGAGCGAUAGUCUGGCUGGGAGGUUAGCGGUCACAGCUUUGCUACAUCGCUUCCAACAGGUUCUGCAUCAGUACGUUGAAGAUGAGAGUAAAAGCGGUACAUGUCCGUUGCCUAGAUACAGACUGUCAGAGAUCUCUUUUGUGUUAAAAGCGGUGGCAACGUUGGUUGUGUCUUUGAAGAAAUGCCCUGACAAAGUGAAAAGCACCGUUUGGGACCAGCUGAUCAAGCUCUAUCCUCACCUUGUUGAUUGUACGGCGACUACCUCGCCACAAGUGUCCGAGGCGCUACGGGAGGCUCUCCUACAAUACUGUGAUCUUCUAAAACCGCCGAGUACGUCUGUAAACGGCUUGUAAGCUCCCUGAACAAAAUCGGUUUGCUUGGUGCCUGACCUUGUGUAGACUCUCGUCCUGUCUCAUUAUAGCCCAGUUAAUGAAGGUCCAAAAAAGAAGUUUCGAUACGAAAAUUGAAUAAAAGCUGAAUUUCCCACCAUCGAUAGAACCCUUCCAGAGGGUCAUUCUCCCAAAAGUCCCAAGAAAUCCCCUUGGAGCUUUCCGCCCC